AUGACGCGUCAGACGACAUACAUCCAUGUGACCAUGUCUAAGCUUCUCGAGUCCGUGGAAGAAGAAAAAGUAGAAGAACAGAAGCCCAUAAACCAAGAAGAAGAAGGAGAAAAAGGAGAAUCUUAUAAAGAAGAGUUGUUAGGAUCUCUGUGUACACCAACUUCGAGUGAUCACAAGAUUCCGGAGGUGGAGACAUGUCCUCCGGCGCCAAGAAAGCGGCCGCGUGAGAUUCCUCUGACAAAGAAGAAGAGCUUGUCCAAAGAUCUUCGGUUCUUCGAAGCCACCGACGUCGGGAGCGAGGAGGUUGAAACUUUCUUUGAUCACAACCCAAGCCAUGUGCCAGAGUGA